ACCACGUGCAAAUCAGGAUAAACAUAAAGGUAUAAUAACAAUAUAAUAUCAACAAUAUUAUUACGUACUAUUUGGAUUCGUGUGAUACCGUUUAAACCACUUUGAUUAGUAUACAGGUUUUAAAAGUGAUUUUUUCAUAAAUAGUACCUGUAGUAACAUUUCUAUAUAUUUUAUGAUACUAUUAUUAAUCAGACUUAGCGUUUAUCAUUAAUAGUACUUAUGUAAAUAUAGUAUGUGGUAUACAUAAUUAAGUUAAUUACUCUGCAACUACAAUUGAACACAACGCCAUUAUAAUUACGUAGGUACGUUGAAAACACAAUUUAUAGGUAAAAUUAUAUUUUGUAUUACUAUGAUGUUUUUUUUCUGAAUGUCAAUAGUUCUUUUUCCAGAAAUUUUGUAUUAAUCAUCAACUUCAGAGGUGUUUUCGGGUAAAACAUUUUAUCUUGUUGAUACAUUGAUUUUAUUUUUCGAUUAUUCUUGUAGUUUUCUUAAUAAAUGGGAAAAAUCGGAUAAAAAAAAAAUAGGAAAAAUAAGGUAAUUUAGUCAAUAAUGGUUUCUGUGAUUUUCAAUUUUGUUUUGUUUUUUGGUUUAAUUAACGAAGUAUAUUUUGGUUUUACUAAGAUGUUUAUUGAUUUUUUUUUUUUAUACGGUGACAAAAAUGUAUACCAGAAAUCUUGUCCUGUAUAUAUACGUGUGGCACCUUUUCUGAAAGGAAAUAUUGUCUAGAUGGUAUAUUAGGAAAUCAUUUUUUGAUUUUUCAAGUGGUUUUUAGAAUAUCUGGGAAAACCCGGAAGGAAACGUAAGAAAAAUGGGAAAUUUACGAAAAUAAUGUUUUUUAUUAUUUUCAAUUGUGUUAUUUAUUGUAAUUCAGUUAAAAAUAUUCGUAGACUGGAAAUUUGGGCAAAAAACUUAUAUUUGCCUAUUUUUACGUGGUAAAACUGUAAAACAAUUUUGUGAGUCAUUUCUAUUGGGUGUCCUGUGGAUAAAAUUGUGGGACAAAACAGAAAUGCCUGAAAUUUAACAGAAGGUAAAUUAUAAGUCAUACUUUGUGGUCAAAACGAACCAAAUUAAAUUAAAUAUAGUAGGUAUAUUUUUUUUAUAAGAAUUUUAAUAUCAAAUUUUGACGAAAAUUGUUUCAGUGAAAAAUUAUGUGAAACAAAUUUAGUUACUGGUCCAUACAAAAUGUUUCAAUAUAAUAUUUAUUUUACUGUAAUAUGCCAUAUAUACUAUUGAAAAAUCAAUACUAUUAACUAAGCUCCAGUUUUUUCUUAUUAGUCAUUAAUUUUAAAUUUAAUUAUUUCGUCCCCCAUACCUCCAUAGUCUUGAGACGCUCCUGGUAAUAAUCUCAAUGCACUAAGUUUUUUUAUUAUGACACGUUCAGAAAUUACAUCGCAUUUUUAAAACUUGUAAUUCAUCAUUAUAUUUGGAAAACGAAUUUAACAUGUAAGAAAUGGACGUACAAGUUUCUUGUAUAUUUAUUAUUAAAACUAAUUACCUAUAUAGGGCACGCCAAUAUUUGAUUCUGUAUUAUUUCGGAUAGUUUAAAAUUCCGUGUUAUGUCCAAUGAUAAUUGUAGCCGAAUGAUAAUCUUACCAGUUUUACAUAAUAGUAUAUAGGUAGUAUAAACAAUUUUAUUUUUGUGUGGACAAGUGUAGUGUGUUUGUUUUUACGUUAAUAUUAUAAUAAAACAAUAAUACCUAUUAUUUGAAACCUAUUAGAAAAAAAGCGUUAUUUAUUUAAUACACAAAACAUUUAAGUAAUUAUAAUUGGUAAAUAGGUAUUAUUUGUGUACAAUAUUGUUCGAUAAUCGAUAAUUGUUAUGUGUGUUUGGCACUUCAUUUCAAAAUGGGAUUGAUUUUUGCGAUGCACCAGUUAAAAUAACUGUGCUCUUUUUGCGUUAUUUUGUUUUUUAAAUAUUUUACUUACCACGGUAAUAAAUAUUAGGCGGGAGGAGGAUACGCACUGACACCCCCGCAGAAGAUCGUAACAUAAUAUGUUUUUACUCUUUUAUCGUAUACCUGUAAUAUUAUAUAACUGCUGUACAUAAAAUAAAAUCUUAAAUACAAUAAAGGUCUUUACUCUUCACUGUAACACGACCCACGCUUUAAACUACGUCUCGUUGUUCACAGUCUAUAAUAUGCAAGGAAAAUCCGAAGUACCUUAUACUGUACCUACAGAAUUAUAACACAAUUGUUUAGGAAAAUAUUUUUUAAAUGAUUGCAAACUAUUGCCAAGGUGAAUUUAUGUUGAUAAUAAUAAUUGAAAAUAUUAAUUGAUACCUGUAUCUAUAGUAAAUUUAAUUAAUAAUAUUAUAAUACACUGUUUUACCAUCGGCCUUUUUGAUACUAAAAUUAUAUAAUAAGUAAUAGUAACUCGAUGCCUCCUAAACUUUAUCAAUUCCUUUUUCUCUCUCUUUUUUUUAUUAAAGUAACUGUUAAGUUUUUUUUUUUAUUGUGAUCUAGUUAGCAAUAAUAAAAUAAUAUUGUGUCAACCACAAAUUUUCGUUCUAUGCCCUAAUAUUUUAUGUGUGUAUGCGUGUGACAAAUUAUAGGUAUACCUUGUACCUCCUAAUAAUACAUUUACAGCUUAACAUAAUUCAUUUAUGUAAUCAAUAUUUUUUUCUUUCGUAUUUUGAAAACUUUAUAAUGUUUAACUACAUUCUACUUUAUAAAAUAUUUCUUUAGUGACAUUCUUGCUAGGUAUCGAUACUACACGACCUUUAAAAUAAAUUGUGUCUGUAUUAUAUACAUUAUAAAUACAAAAAUAUUGUUAAAUAAUUAUAUUAGGCAAACAUCAAUAAUUAAGUACUGCGCCAUUAAAUAUUUAUACAAGUUUUUGUUUAGGUGCCGAGAGGUCACAUUACUAAUAUUUAAGGGGCUGCGUAUAGGCAAUUAUAACGAACAUUUUUGAAAAAAUAAAUAUUUAUAAACUCAAAUAUAAUGGAAUUCAUUUUAAUUCGCUUUCAUAUAAAUUUAAAAAUAACCCAGGAUUUUCACGAGUAUUAACCAUGACAUUUGUUCGAAAUCAUAGUCACGUAAAACAAAUAAUUAAUGUACACAUCGAAGUGACUUUAGAACUUUUACUCAUUAAAAUCGGAUUGCAUGAAACUUAACAGAACCGAUAACUAUUUAUUGGUUUUGUAAAAUUAAAAAUUGUUCUGUAAAAUGAAUAAAUGUUAUCCAACACAAGAGUUAACGAAACAGUAAGUUGUUUAACUGGUUUCUGUAGGUAGGUACUGUAUGAUUUAUAAAGUUGUUAAACCGCAAUAUAUUAUUCUGUGGACAAUCUCCUUAUCGUUUAUUUAUAAUUUUGUUGUAACCACACAUAUGAAUAAAAAACUAGUUUGCUAACUAAUCAUAAUAGCCGACGACAAAAAAAGUCAUGUUGGUUGUGGGGUCUGUAUAGUGUUAUCAUUGUAUAAUGUGUAUAAUUGUAAAUUUUUCUGAGUUCAUAAAUCAUGAUAAUAUUGAUAUCUGUGUAUUAUCACAACCAUAACAAUUGAUAAAAUUGCAUAGUCUAUAACCAACAUGGUGGAAAAGCGACGUUGCCGUAGAUAAUAAAGAAUAGAUAGGUCACCGUAAUAUACACAAUUACUAUUCAGAAUGCGUAAGAGAAAAAUACUAUUUCUAUAGACUGUUUUUUUCUUUCUGGCAGAGCGUAUUUUGAGGUUAUGUUCAAACCAAGAUCCAAUCUGAGUCACGAACAUAAUCUCAAAAAAAAAGCUAAAAAGAGAACACAUUACACAGUUAAUAUCGCUUCCCCAUUUCGGAACAUGGAUAGGAAAUUCCUAUUCUAAUAUUUAAAUACGUUCAUGAAACGCAGUCUGUUCAAUAAUUAUAAUUUUACAUAAUCGAUAGAUUAUCAAAUCAACAGUUUACAGAGCUAUCUUCAAGUAACCCGGGAUAUUUAUAUAAAAAUUCAAAAUUAAAGACAGCAACAUUAGGUAUCCAUGGUAUAUUGAUAUGAGCUCGUAAUUCUUAAUUCACUUGACGAAAUGGUAUAAAUAUUCAAGGUUAAAAUCGGAAAAUUACGAAACUUUCUUAUGAAUUAAUAUUUAUCCGAGUGUAUAUGCUAUCACUCUCUACAUGUACACAGUUGCUCAUCAUAAUAUACUGUUUAAUAAUAAAUCAUUUCCAGAUAAAACGAUUUUUCGACACACGGUUUUUAUGUUAGAAAAAAAAGCUCGUGUUGAUGAAAUCCUUUUAUUAAUAAUCGAUCAAUACCGUUUAUGUGCAAUAAUAAUAAUGUUAAUAACUAUAUGAUUAAUGUUAUUUUGGAAACUGAUAGAAGUAUUGUAUGAACUUUCAAAGAUCGACCAACAUGUGCGUUAUAGUAAACGUGUUGAUUAUAUUAUACAAAAACACAAAACAGAAUUAAUUAUAUUACAACGGUAAUAAAUCGUUUUAAAUAAUAAAUUAUUACGUUCGCGGUAAACAUUAACAAAGCAUGUGUUUUAUACAAUUUACACAAAUGUAUGUAAAUGUAUAUAAACAUAAAGCACGUUCUACAGAAAAUCUGCAGAGAGGUAACGUUUUGACGGACAGUUGUUUAAAAUUGGCGACUGAAAAUUAAUGAUGUAUACACGAAAAUAGUUAUUUAUUUAAAUAGUUUUUGCCAAAUUGUGUAUGCACGGAUCUUUGUCUGUUUAAAUAAUAAUAGUUCCAGCAUAUUUUUGAUGGCAAUGCUGAAUUUUCAAACCCUACAUUAUUUGUACUGUACAGGUAUCAUCACAUUAAAAAUUCUAUAUUAUUCUUGAUAUAAAGUGGGUAGUAGGUAGUUAUAUAACUAUUAUACAUCACAAUACUUACAUAUUUUAUAAUGUUGUAAUUUAAAGAAAGUACACAAUUGUAGUAUUAUGGCCAUUGUGUAUUUGUAUGAAAAAUGAAAAUAAAUAAACCCCAGUAUAUUAUAACAAACUGAUUUCAAAAUAAAUUUGUAUUCCGUUUAUAGAAGUAUAGAAAAUCAAAUGUAAACCAGCCAAAAUUAUUGUUUCAUAAGCUGUAAUUGUCGGCAAAUAAUAAGUAUCUGUGAAAAGUUAUGAAUUAGGCUUUCUGUUUUAUAUAGAUAUACCCACUAAUUAAUGACUUAAGUUUAAAACAAUUAUAAUUAGUUUUACGUGUACGUAAAGUAUGUUGUUUAUAGUGAAAUAGCGUAAAUCUAUGGGUAUUAAUUAAAGUGAUAGAUCUUACAUGAACCAAUAUGAAGGCUCUUCAUAUAUUCAUUGAAGGGCAUAGGGAAAUAAAGAGUAUAGUUAUACAUUUUUUCAAUUUUUAAAUAAUGACCAUUCGAUGGUGCUUUGUUUCAAAGUUCGAUUUUUACUUUUUUACGAAUGGAUUGAGAUCCGUCCGUGAAAAAGCGAAAAAUUUAGUUAAACAUGUAUCGGUUAAAAAAGAUUAUAGGCCAUGCGGCUACAGAGAAGUUGAUUACUGCUGAACAUUAUUCCAAAAUAGGCUAUUACCAUUCUUCCCACACGUUUAUCAUAUUAUAUCACAUGAAGAAAUGUGAAUAUUUUUUAACGGUUUGUUACGAUUUGUUUACAGAAUCAUGGGUUAUAAAAAAGACGGCCUGAUUAAGGAUCUAUGGCCGAACAUCCGGUUAAUACAAAUGUCCGGACUGUUCAUAUCCGAAUACUACGACGAUUAUUCCGGACUGGCCGUGUUAUUCCGGAAGAUCUACAGCUGGAUCGUCACUAUAAUCGUGUAUUCGCAGUACAUAGGUAUCGUGAUCUUUAUGGUCACCAAAUCCAACGAUUCGGAUCAACUGGCCGCCGGCGUGGUGACAACGCUAUUUUUCACCCAUUCGAUGAUCAAGUUCAUGUACUUCAGCAUGGGCACCAAGUCGUUCUACAGGACUCUGGGCUGUUGGAACAACACGUCUCCACACCCAUUGUUCGCAGAAUCUCACUCGAGGUAUACGCGAAACGUUAAAAAGAGUUUAAUAAUUAACUAUAGCUAAUAAAUAGAUGAGAAAUUGUAGCAGCAUUGUAAAAAAAAAUGUUUUUUCAAAAAUGCUUUUUGGGGAUAAAACCAAAAAACAAAGUUUUAUAAGCUUCAUUCAUCGCCUACCUAAAUUUCACAUUCAAUAGGUCAUAAUUCAAAAAUCAUUUUUUUUCAUUUCAAAUUAUAUAACAUUAUUUUUAAUCAAUAUAAUUUCUAUGAGAUGUUAUUGUAAUAUGAAAAAUAAAUUUGAAAUUGUACAUACUAUUUACGGGGAUAUCAAAAAUAAUUACGCAUAUAAUUUCUGGGCAAUGUGUUUAAAUUUAAUUAUAUCUACUAUAAUUUUAAUGAUAUCAAACUAUUCGGAUGAUGUACAAAGCUAUUAUAAUAUAUUAAUACAUAUUAUAAACGUUUAUACAUAAAACAAUGUUCGGAUAUAUUAUUUCUUAUGUAGAGUUUUUAAUACAAAUACAGAUUGGAUUUACAUAAAUAAAAUAUAAUGUAAUAACUAAUUAUAUUUGAUAACCAAAAAUUUGGAUUUUUUGACUUUACCUACCGAAAUAUACGAUGUGAAAUACCUAUGUGAUGUUUUUGUAGUAUCAGAUAUAUAAUUAGUAAUGAUUAUUAAUUUUUGUUUUUAAUUGAUAAGUACCUAUUUGAAAGUUAUUGAUAUUAAACAAUUAGUUUAGAAAUAGCAUAGUGUAAUAAUAUAUGCAUUACAUUGUACAUGUCAGAAUAUUUAAAACGUUUGUAUUCUUCGAGUUAUCUCAUUAAUUGUAGUAGCCAUUUAUAAAUGUAUUUAAUUUUAUAAUUUUUUUAGGGAAUUAUCGUAAUAGUUUGUUGCAUCGUUAGUUUGCAUUGUUACAAAUUCCAUGUUAGUUCGUAGACAGAAAGGGCUAAAAGUGCUAAAAGAAGGCAGAGGGGACAACUACUCAAGGGUACCGGAAAGUACAUUUUCAUAUGACAGGAUACGAAAAGGCUACGGGACUCAAUGGCUCAGAUAACGAUGGGGAGACAGGAUUAUCAAAGAUAUUGGGAGUAACAAUGAAAAGGAAGUGGCACACGAUAGGGAUGGGCAAAAGCGUUCGGUUAUUGUGGCAUUGGACCUGAAUGGCCAAUACGAGUCUAUAAUGGUGAUGAUGAUGAUAAUAGCUGCAGAAUCAGCAAUACUUAAUCACGUUAAUGAUUUCGAUAAUAUUAAUAUUAUAUGACUAGGACAGAUAUUUAUGUCUUAAAAAAAAUUUAAAUAUAUAAGCAGAUAUGCACUGAAAAUACCAAAAUAUGACCUGGAAAUAAAGAAAACAAAUUCUUCGCAUGAUGGGUUGGGCCAUAGUUGUAGGUUGGAAGUUGAGAAGGUAGGAUACAUUGGAGAAUUUAAUGUAUGCAACGAUUAAUCUUUGCUAACGAAAAACGAAUAUGAGCGGAGUUCGGCUACAUAUGUUUUAAAAGGCCGUGUAAUUUACAAUUUUCAUUAAAAUUUGACAUUAAAAUUCUUAUAAAAAAAAUAAUAUAUUAAACUCAACUUUAUCUUGUUGACCAGUAAUUAAAACUUAUAAAGAACUUCCUGUUAAAUUUUCAAGCAUUUCUGUUUGGUCUAACAAUUUUAUCUAAAUAGUACUAAUCAAAUAAAAAUUACGUACAAUUUCGCAAAAUUUAAAUGUCCAUUAAUAGCUCAAAAAUGGUUCAAAUGUUUUGAAAAUUUUACCAGAAAGUUUUAUUAGAAAGUUAAAUAGAAGUUUUCUGUCCAAAUUUCAAGUUUUUACAAACUUUUUGAACUAUUACAAAAAAAAUUUUUUUGUAAUAAUUAAAGCAUUAAUUUGGUAAAUUUUUCCAUACAUUUCACGUUAUGCUGAUCACCCUGUGCAGUUUGGUACCGUUUGGUCUUGACUCACAUUUUGGUAUGAAUUAUAGCUAUUUGUUUUGACCAACUAGCAUACAAGUAUAUUCUAAAUAUCUGCCCAAAUUUUAUGAUUUUAAAUAUCCGUUUCAGAUUCCACGCAAUAUCUCUUGCCCGGAUGCGCCAGUUAUUGAUUAUUGUGUCGGUUGUUACGAUUUUCACGACAAUCAGCUGGACGACCAUUACGUUCUUUGGCGAAAGUGUUUGGGAGGUGCCAGACCCUGAGACGUUCAACGCGACCAUGAUCGUUCCGAUACCCCGACUGAUGUUGCAUUCUUGGUACCCGUGGGAUGCAAGUCACGGUUUGGGCUACAUUGUAGCUUUUAUUUUACAGGUAUCUAUAUGUUUUUUUGCGAUCAAAAUUUAGAUCAUAUAAUAUAAUGGAUGGAGCCGUAGCCUUUUUUUAGUCAUGCGAUUAACUUGAAGUACUCAUAAGCGAUAAAAUCGCCUGACUAUGUGUGCCUCUGCGCAUGCGCGUAACGUAAUUAUUUCGAUAAUUAUGUGACAAGUAUAUCUAUUUACGAAGGUGGAGAUCACGUGUCCUAUCAGAAUUAUCUUUGUUCAAUGCACGGCCUUAGAAAGAUAUACCGUCGCCUAUAUGUGUUUAAAACUAUCGAGGCGUGGCUCCAUUUAUAGCAAGUAUAUGGAUCAAACAGUAUUAUGCAAGAUAAUGUUGAGAGGGUGUGUUGUCUUCGUCUUACAAACGCACGACAUAGCGUUCAGUAGGGACAAGAUUGUACUGUUAGUUUUAAUAAUAGAGCAAAUCGACCUAUUAUCAAACUUCAAGACAAGAACAUUAUCUGUGCAACGUUGGUGAUAUUCCUUCGAUAUUUUCAUUUUUAAGAGAGAGAUAUAUUAUGAGUAUGUGAAACAGCAUAAUUUAAUAAUGCUUAUAUCUCGCUUGAAAAUCAUAAUAUCGAAAAAAAUGGCGUUAACAUUGCACGGGUAAUGUGCUUGUAUUUAAAUUUAAUAAUAGCUCAAUUCACUGUAAUAUUAAAAUUAAGAGCACACAUUUUUCAUUGUUGAAUGAAAAUUCGUCAAGACAGAGAUAUCACAUGCGGGUAUCACGUUUUAUAUUUAUAAAAUCAUAGAGGUAUAUAAUGUGGUAAACGAUCAACGGUGUAUUUUUGUGAAUCAGUCCGCGUAUAAUACGGUAGGUAUGUAUGGAUUUUAAUGCAGAACUCUCGACAUUAUUCCUUUAUAAAAAGACAAUUUUAAAUAAAAUCUAAGAUUUAUAUUUUAUUACCCCUGAGUAGAUAUUUCUAAUAAUAAUAUAUAGUGUUUGGUUUUUCAUCUCAUUGAUGAUGGUGUGGUACCAUCAUAUAUUAUACUAUUAUAAAUGUAUUGAUAAAUUAAUAUAAGAUAAAAAAUAAUAUCAAAUAUUAUACAAAUGAUAUUUUCGAAUGUUAACGUAUGUUGAAUCUUUCGUAUUUCAAUAACUUAAUACAUCUUUUUAAAAUUUAAAUUAUAGAUAGAUACUUGGUAUGCAGGGUGAUUCUUUUACCGUUGAAAACUCAUUAUUUCGCAGGAUAUAAACUUAAAAAAAAAAGUUUUAACAAUUUAAGAAACAAACAGAUUUAAAAUGUUACAACACUAUUUUUUUUUGCUAUCCUUAUUAUUGGAGAUGAAACGACUUCCAAACGUUUAUUUUCAAAUGGUAACCUAUUUUAAAAGUUGCAUAUAUAGAUAGAGUAUUAGUUUUAAUAAAUUUUAGUGUUGAAAUUAAUAAUUUCAUCACCAAAAUUGAUUUGUUACUUAUAAAAUGUUUAACAUAGGCUAUUAUAUGAACGUAAGUGAAUGCUAACCCGUUUGAAAAUCAAAAGUAAAUAAUGGGUUUACCUCUAAAAUGAGGGUGACCAAAAAAAUAGUAACGUAAAUUUUAGAGCUUUUAAUUUCCUAAAUGUUUUAAAAAACAAUUUCCGAAAAAAGUUAAUACUUUUGGAAAUAAUGAGUGCCUUACGUUAAGUUGAUCACUCUGUAUACAAAAUUGUGUAUAGCAUAUUUCGGCGUUUUGGGAUUUUUAGGUUUAUUUCAGGAUUUAGUAAAUUUUAAGGAAUUCACACAUUCGUAGUGCAUAUUUAAGGAAUUCGUACCUUUUAACAUUACGAAUUGAGAAUCACAAAAUAAAAAUUGUUCGAGAUUUAGAAAUAUGAGCGGGUGAUUAACAUUAGUAGGUUACUCGUGUUAAAAUAAAUUAUUUAGCCAUUACUUUCUCCCUAUCCAAAAUUAAAAGUGGAAUAUCUCGUGAACGGUUGACGGAAAUCAAAAAUUUUAACAUUAAAAUUGAUUUAAUCUAAUACUUUAUUUAUAUAAAUAUACGGAACUUUUAAUAUAUAGGUUACAAUUUUAAAAUCAAAAGUCGGUAGUCGUUUCACCCCCAUAAAUAAUAUGAUGAAAUAAUAGUAAUAUAAUAAUAUUUUAGAUUUGCUUAUUUUCUAAAUCAUUUUAAUUUUUUUUAAGUCUGUACUUUACAUAAUAAUAAGUGUUCAACGAUUAAAGAAUCACCCUGUAUACGUAAUUUUUAAUAACAGUUAUAAUUCGCUCUUUCUUUUUGUUUUAGUUUUAUUGGAUAUUUAUUACGCUCAGUCACACUAACUUGUUAGAAGUUUUGUUCUCGUCGUUUCUGGUGUACGCGUGCGAACAACUUCAACACUUGAAGGAGAUUUUGAAUCCGUUGAUCGAAUUAAGCGCAACUCUCGACUCGGUAGCUCAUAAUCCGUCCGAUAUAUUUCGCGCCAGUUCGGCCAAGAAUCAAUCGAUCAACGGUAACGGUGAGUUAACACAAAAAUAAACACACACACACACACACAUACACAUACGCAAAUAAAUGACACAUAGUGUACCUAUUGUAUAAUAUUAUUAGGUAUAAAAAAAAUAAAUGUAUUAUUCAUCGUUAAAAAUAUUAAUAUUCCGUUUUUCAAUCGUGUACCCAUUAACAAUCACUGUUUGAUACAAUGUAACAAACUCGUUUUUUUUAAAUAUUUUUUUAUCGCCGUUUUAGUUUAUGUCGAUGUUGAAACACACGCGUAUUAUAUUUUAAUAAUUAUAUAAUAUUAUGUUCAUUUGAAUUUUAUUAACAUAUUAUUAUUAUUCGUUCAUAAAAUCUUAAAAUAUAUAUAUUUUCUAUUACAAUAAAACCGCAGUAAUAUUAACGAGGAAAUAAAUCAAGUUAUAUCAAUAAACUUUUAUAGACGUAUUAUCGUGUAUACUUUGGUAUAGUCACAUCAAUAAUAUUAGUUAACAUCAACAUCUACUGAACAAUAUAAAUUAAACGAGUUAGUAAUGCAUCUCCAUUAAUUAUUUCGUUAGACGUUAUAAUAUUUCAACUUGUACACAACUAGAACAGUAACAAUAUCAACGUCCACUCGCUGUACGUAUGCAUUAUAUUGCAUUAUCAAUUGUAAGUUAGGUUAGUGUAUUUUUUGUAUUAUCGCAAUUGAAUUACAAUACGUUCAAUUCGCAUGUCGUAUAUUCCCGUGUGAUUUAAACUAAUCUAUUUUAUUGCGCGCUUAGGUAUAGUUUUUGCGACCGACACGACGACCGAUGUUAUAAUAUAGGUGUCGGGUGCCUAUAUAAUUGUUAUCAAAAAAAGUCGCCCAGAUCGAACCUCUAAAUAAACGUGCGGGUCGAGAUAUUCUCUAAGAGUAUAACGAGUAAUGCGAAUGUUUGUACUAGUGACGUCGCACGGUACUUGUGUAUAUAUCGGCGGUCGGUAGAUUAAUGAGAUCAGUGUUUAUUUCAGACCUUCACUCCCGGGGAGGGGGAAAUCGUACAUUUCUAAGGGUGUAUGCCAAAAGCAGAGCCAGAUCUAGGAAUUUCGACACCCGGGGGAAAAAUCCAAGAAAAUAUAUAUUCAAUGAUGACUUUUUUUUUGUAGCUUGUUAAAAUACGGUUAUUUAUGUAGUACAAUAAGUUUUUUUUUUAUUUUAUGGUCAACAAGAUGACUCAUAAUCAUUAAUUGGCCCAUAACUCAUUUCAUAUACUGUCGUAUCAUAUCAUAUUUAUGUAGUACUUAAUAUCAAAUACAUUUUCUAGGGGUGACACACAUUUGUCUUUAAUACCCCAUGGUCACCCGCUGAAAUAAACUCUGAAUGAGAUACACACAUUUUUUGCGAGAUGUUAAUAAAAUAUAAUUUUUUUUAAAUUGUAAUUAUUGAUUUAGAUUUUAUAUUUUUUUGUAUUUUAGAAAACACUAAAAUACAUAGUUUUGUAUAAAAUGAGUUAUAAUUUAAUUUAUAAUAUUUAAAUGUAAGGACAGAGUUCAUAAAAAAAAACGUAUAUUUUAAAUUUCAAAUAAUUUUUAAUAAAUUGUAGCUUAUGUACAAAGUCAUUACAUUAAUUUUCUCGGUAUCAAUUUUCUCAUUGUGAUUUAGGUAUUGUGAUAACCUGAAGGUACCUAUAAAGUUUGUUUUAAAUUGAUUUCAGUUUUAUAUAGUUAGUGAUCAUCAAUUUUUACUAAAAAUCAUUAGUUGUUACUUGUUGAUUAUUUUUGUUAGAAUUUUCUUAUUUUAAUACAUAUAGUAAAGGUAAUUUUUUUUUUUUUGGUUAUUCUAUUGAUUUAUUUUAAAAAAAAUGUUUAAAAAGUAUUAAAUCAAAAUGAUUUUAAACAUUUUUAGGUGUUUUAACUACAUCAACCGUAAAAGUAUAUACGACAUAGUUAAUAAUAAAACAUUUUAUGAUUUAACAAUGUAUUAUUUUAUACACUAUUAAAUUAAAUUGAUUUAAAUUUCGUAUUCUGAAUGGAACUUUAGUAUUGAUUUACUAAGCUUUUUUUUUUUUGUUUAUUUACUUUUUGUCACAGAAAUUAAUGGUUUUCCGUCUGUAAGAUUAAAAUAAUAUAAUAUAAUUUAUUAUACUUAUAUACAGAUGAAGUGGUAUGAAGAAGUCAAUUUUGCGGACAUUUCUUAAUAAAAGUGUCACCUUUGAAAAUUAUAAUUAAAAUGCAAACGCUCGCAUAUUAUCGUUUAGAUUUUAAUUAUAAUUUUCGAUAGCGUUUUUUUGGAAUUUGUUAAUUUAAUAACGUUUCGGAAAUAAUAAUAAUACAUUUCGUAUAAUAAUUUAUUUCAGUAUAAUCGUCUGUGCUGAAAUGAGCUAAAUGAACGAGAGUAUAAUUCUUGAAAAUUUGUGUCGCAUUAUUUGGAAUUAAAUUACGUACGUCUUAAAUAAAACUUGCAUAAUAUAUUUGGGUAUUCUUUAAAUAUUAAAGAUCACCGUGUUUGUAGAGUAAUUUAGUAAAUAAGUGGGUUAACUAUCGGAGAGUUUUAUUUAUGAACUAUAAAUUAUAUUCAACUAACGGUUAUAGUGGUUGGCCAAUUUAAUUGGAACAAAUCUAAUUAUCCGGGACGUAUUAACCUAACCGAAUUCCGCUCAGAAUCGUAUAUUUUUAGAAAUGAUUAAUCGUUGCGUACAGAUAUACAUUACAUUUCUCCUCUAUCUUCCCAGCUUCUCAACUACAACAGUGGUCUACCCAUUGUACGAAGUAUGUCUGUUUGUUUUUCUUUACAACAACGCAUUAUUGAUUACAUUAUACGUUUCGCAAUUUCAUUUGUUUUGCAAUAGGUCGCUGACUCCGUAAACUUUUUUUUUUUUUAUUACAUACGUCUCAUGAAUUGCUCAAAAGUUUAAAAACUAUUAAAAUGACAAUAUAAUAUUAUGAUUAUAUAAACAUAAUUAUUAUGUAUUAUACAUUUUAGAUUAUAACGGGUCCUACGUGAACGAAAUAACCGAGUACGGGACAAAAGGAGAGUCGGAACCCAAUGGCAAAGGACCGAACAACUUGACUGCCAAUCAAGAAGUGUUGGUCAGAUCGGCUAUUAAAUACUGGGUUGAACGACAUAAGCAUAUAGUCAAGUAAGGUUAUAUCGAGCAUUAUAAUAUUCAAACUUUAUGUGUUAGUAUUAGACAUAUCCAGUGGCCCCGAUCCAUAUGUGUUCGUUUAUUUUGGUCGCCAUAUGAGCAAUGGGUAGUUGGGCGGAUGAAAACUGGAAAAAUGUGGAAAAUUAGAACAAACAAUUAAUUGUGGUUGUGGUAAUGGAGGGGGAGGGGGGCGAUUUCGGCAUACACGAUAAAAUGGACUUUGGAGCCACUGCAGAACGUACCUACUUAAAAAAAAAAAAAAUUAAACAAAAAUUAAUAAAAACCCGUGUUGUUGUUUUGUGCGCAGGUAUGUGAAUUUAAUUACCGAAUGCUACGGGGCCUGCCUUUUAUUUCACAUGUUAGUGAGCACCGUCAUCCUGACCAUUCUCGCCUAUCAAGCGACCAAGGUUUGUUGGAUUGUCAUAUAUAAAAAAAAAAAAAAAUUACGUUAAAAAUACAUUUUUAGCGAUUUGAUAAAAUUAAUAACACUCGUAUUAUAUAAGUGUAAUUAAAAAAAAAUAAUUAUUAUUAUAACAGAUUAUCUCGAAUACCUACUUACCUAUUUUAUUCGUGAUAAAUAUUAUAACGGAUUAACGGUUUUCUUGUUUAUCUAUGAUUACUGUGUAUUAAUCAUGUUUUUUCAAAUACCACUCAAAACACUCGAAGUUCGACUAGAUAUAGGAAAAAAAAAUAUAUUAUUCGCUUCACUCAAAAUCUAAAAAAAAAAAAAAAUACCAAGAGCAAACUCUUUUUAUACUGCAUACUUAUGUAUGUAUAGACAUUCAAAAACUAAAUAAUUAGCCGUCGAUCAUAACAAUAAUAAUAUUAUUUUCCGUCUACAUAUAUUUACUAUAUUUGUAUUUAAGUAACAACAAUUAUAACAACAUUAUCGUUUAUAACAGAUCGACGGGAUCAACAUAUUUGCGUUUUCUACCAUCGGAUAUUUGAUUUAUUCGUUCGCUCACAUAUUCAUGUUUUGUAUACACGGCAACGAACUCAUCGAAGAAGUGAGUGUUUUUGAAGCUUUAAGGUGCUUUCACAUGACAUCGUGCCGUCUAUUGAUCAUGCGAUUCUGGUUAAGAUGGUUGAACCGGGUCUCUGGCAGUUAUAGUGGUGACUUCAGAUAAGCUAUAUCAAAAUCAAACAAUUUACGUUUUAUACUUCAAAAUACAGUGUUUAGUAUUUUUAAAAUUUCCUAUUUGCUUUUCGAUACAAUACGUACCAAAUAAUAUUGUAGGUAUUUACCUAUACACAUCAUAUAUACACACCUAUAUACAUCAAUUAAACUAAAGUUGUAUUACCAAUUAACUGUUACAAAAUGACAUUAUCUAAUAACUUUCAAACACUUUCUGUACCUAUCCAUAUCCAUAUUUAGCGCCCUACAUGCUUGUUAAUAUAAUGUAGUAAAUAAUAAAUAACACCAACUAUAAUUUGAAAAUGUGUUAAUAUUAUGCGCUAGUCAUGUAACCAUCGCAAUCAGAAGCCCGCCGUAUUGAAAUAUUUCCAACUCAAUAAUUUUCAUUUUGUGAAAUGAUAAAUGGAAUUUGUAACCAAACGCGCAGCCAAUCAAAACGUUAAAUUUUCAAGACGACACGACAAAGCGUGAAAGUGCUUUUUAGAUUACCUACAUAUUAUAGAGUUUGCUCGGAAACUUGAAAUUUUUUUGUUUUGUACAAAAUCACCUGAAUAUUCAUUCUAAUAAUGUACUUUGAUGGCACGAAUCACGUUUUAAUUUUGUUUUUUUUUUGGCCGCCUGUUUUCAUAGAGUUCGUCUGUGAUGGAAGCGGCCUACAGUUGUCAUUGGUACGACGGCUCUGAAGAAGCUAAAACGUUCGUUCAAAUCGUAUGCCAACAGUGUCAAAAGCCACUGAUUGUGUCCGGCGCGAAAUUUUUUAACGUCUCGUUGGAUUUAUUCGCUUCGGUAAGCCAACAUUUACAUUUAGUCAGGCUUGAAGGGAUUGGAAGCGACGAGUUUCUGUCUUUGUCUUACACGCGUGAGGUAUAGAGAUUCAGACGUGUUUUACGUCUGAAUUUCCCAAGUAUCGAUUGAUUAAGUGAAGCGAUAAGAAUUCUGAAAGCAGAUUUAAAUUUGUCGUGAAGUCUAUUUGAGAUAUCAAGUGGACUUAAAAAUUAAAUUUAAAUUUAAAUUUAUCUCCUUAAAUUCUAAAAAAAGCCAUACUAAUAAAAGAACAAAUGAAAAAUGAAAUAUUUAAAUUUUUUGAGAAAUUAAAAUCAAAAAGUGGGAAAGUCGAUCUCAAGUAUAUUUCACGGGAAAUUCAAAUCUGUUUCCAGAAUUCUUAUCGCUUCACUAGAUCAAUCGCGGUACGUUGGAAUUAAAACACGUCUAAAUCCCUAAUUCUUACAGGUGUAAGAAACUCGUCGCUUCCUAUGUGCUUAAAUAUUCUGAUAAAAAUAAAUGUAUAAGUAUAUAUUAUAAUAUACUAGUGCGUAAUCCGAUUUCGUGUAUCAGCCGAUAAUAACAGCUCUGCGCUAUUUCCGCCCGUGCGUUUUCCGCUCAACACCUUUUUUUAUGCUAUUUCUGCCUGUUAUCCUAAUUUUUACCCGCUGAAAUUAUAAUAUAAAGUGGACUAUUAGCUCAAAUUUAAAAUUAUACAAAAAUUGUAUAAAUAUAUCAAAUCAUUAUAGUUUUGAUUUCGAAUUUCAAACAAAUGACAAAAUGAUAGAUUUAGUUAUAAAUUAUAUUUCAAGUAAUUUUAUUACCAUCAUAAUAACUAAUACAAUACAUCGAAUUCAUCAAUGGAAGGCUAUGCGCUUGAACUUCGUACCAGUAAAAGACAUACAAUUUAUACAUAUUUAGAUUAACAUAUCAAACAAAUAAAUGAAAAUUUCGAAAAAGAUAAAAAUUUAAAAAAAAGUUCAUAAUUAUGAUAUGAUAUAAUUAAUAACUCGUUGUACAAUAUUUAAUACACGUUAAUUUACAAUUUUAAAUUUUUACCGGAUGGUUCACUUUACGUAAUUUCAGCAGAUAAAAAUUACGAUAGGUAACGGGCGGAAAUAACACGAAAAAGGCGAUGAGCGGAAACCGCAUAUGGGUGGAAAGUGCACGCCACCAUAAUAACAAUAUUGGUUUUUUUAUAAUCGAUAUUUGACCCGAUCAUUUCGAAAAAAAAAACGUCUAAUGUCUUUGGAAUACCUAAGAUAAAACCGUUCCUAUUAAUUUGACCGUUUUUUUGCCGAUGUAUCGCGGUUAGUAUCAAUAUCGGCCCACCGUUUUCAAUUUAAAAUAUCGGUUAUCGGUUUUAUGUCCGAACGUAUUAACAUCGGCUGUGUUAUAUUUUUAUAACAUAAUUUCACAAUAUUUGAUUAUUCAUGCUGUUUGCCGACUACAUAGGUGAAUAAUAAUUAUUCCAAUUUAUGGAAAUUAUUUGUGUUUUUUUUUUUUUUCGCGCAGGUUCUCGGUGCUGUAGUAACAUACUUCAUGGUGUUGGUGCAGCUUAAAUAAUAAUAAUACAAUAUAUACCUAUAAUAUAUUAUAUUAUAUAUAUAUAUAUAUAAAAAAAAAAAAAAACCGGUUCGCGAUAAUACGUACUGUCGUUCUGUAGACAUAAUAUUAUUUCACUUGUAUGAGAGUUGCAUAUCAGCGUAGGCGUGGUUAGAUAAUUUUUGCAGGGGCGAGAAAAUUUCAGGAAAAACUAAUUGUUUCAAAAUAAUUGAAUUAUGUUUUAUAUUGUGUAAUUCUGUACGGUCUAAAUGUCGUCUAAUGUUUGGUAAUUAAUUUUUCAACACUUUGAAUUCUUCAAUGAGUUCAUCGCAGUUAAUUUCAGUCGCGUAAGGUGUUGUUAUAUUGUUGUUCCAUACAUAUCAUCAGCAUCGAGUCGAGUAUUUCAUGUUAAUGUGGCAUAUUAAUAUUACACCUCAAUUUUGCUUGCGCAAUAUUCAAUUUAUUUAAAUUGGCGCCGUUCACUAGAACAGUUGCCAGUAUGUGAUAUGUAUGGUUACAAAAGUUAAGAGCACUUUAAACAUAUUUAUUAAUCAAUGUAUUGAAACUAUCAUACUAUUUUGAUCAUUUUCGGACCCGGUGUUUUUGUAGUUUAUUAGGUAGGUUGUAAUAGUUCUUUUCAAGGUGCUCGAGUAACUUCAUUACACGUAUUUCGGCUUUUAAUUCAUCUUCAUUUGAUAAUUAAUAAGUGAUAU